GUUCUUGGGGCAGUGUAUAUAAAUACUUAGCAAUCAAGCAACUCUAUCCGCACUCAGUUUUGGUGGAGUGAUCACAGGAUUAAUCGUAUCUGAUUGAAACUAUCGGUGUAGAGUGGUGUUUGUGGUGUUUGAUUAUAAGGGGGAGUUGUGUGAAAGCUUUGCAAACAAACAGUUUCCAUAAUGGCUAGCAGUGGCAGUAACUCAAAAUCUUCUAUGGUCAAUGGAACAAAACAGUUUGCCCUGUUACCAAAAAUCAUUAAUGGUGGUAUUGCCGGCAUAAUUGGUGUUUCGUGCGUUUUUCCCUUGGAUCUUGUGAAGACUCGCCUACAAAAUCAACAAGUUGGACCUAAUGGAGAAAAAAUGUACAAUUCUAUGCUUGACUGUUUUAAGAAAACCUAUCGUGCGGAGGGAUAUUUUGGUAUGUACCGUGGUUCAGCAGUAAAUAUAUUGCUAAUUACCCCUGAAAAGGCAAUAAAAUUAGCAGCAAACGACUUCUUCCGACACCAUUUAACUACAUCCAAUGGCACCCUGCCAAUUACUCGCCAGAUGGCUGCAGGUGGGUUAGCUGGAUUGUGUCAAAUUGUAAUAACAACUCCUAUGGAACUCCUGAAAAUUCAAAUGCAAGAUGCCGGUCGUGUGGCUGCACAGGCCAAAGCUGUAGGUAAAACUGUUCCGAAGGUAUCCGCUACUUCCAUAGCGAUGGAACUGAUCCGUACGAAAGGAAUAACAGGAUUGUAUAAAGGAACUGGUGCAACAAUGCUACGCGACGUUUCAUUUUCAAUUGUGUAUUUUCCAUUAUUUGCCACUCUUAACUCACUCGGUCCGCGUCGGGAUGACGGCAGUAAUGAAGCUGUUUUCUGGUGUUCAUUUUUGAGCGGCUGUGCCGCCGGUUCGAUGGCAGCUCUAGCUGUAAAUCCAUUUGAUGUUGUGAAAACGCGUCUACAAGCUUUAAAAAAGGUUGAAGGCGAAAUGCAAUUCAAUGGUGUUGCCGAUUGUAUUGGAAAAACUCUAAAGUACGAAGGUGUGACUGCAUUCUUCAAAGGAGGAUUGUGUCGUAUGAUUGUCAUUGCACCUCUGUUUGGUAUAGCGCAAAUGGUAUAUUUCCUAGGUGUUGCCGAAGCCCUACUUGGCGUUAAAUCCGGUAAUAAGUAAAGCUGUUUCUAACGUCAUGUAUUUUUUUUUUUUGCUGUGGAUCAGUUUGUUUCAACUAGAUGCAAUACUCAAAGUUUUUGUUAAUAUCCCAGAAUCAGAACAUUGAAUGCCUCACAACGACACUAUUCUCAAGCCGAUUAAUACCGAAUAAUGUGUCUGUGUCCGUUUCGAUAUUCCCACAUGUAUUUUGAAUUGUGUUUUUAAAUGAGUUUGUUUUCAUUGUGUAAUUAUUUACUCGAUUUUGUUGUAUAGCAUUAACUUUGGUAGAAUUUUUGUUUUAAAAUUGUUUGCGUAUGACUUCUGUUUUGCAGUGGGCAUGAGAAACUAUGUAAUUACGUAUAUGAUAUGUUUGGACAGUGUUGUUCGUACGAAUAACUAAUGUUGUUGUUGGGGUUUGACUACAUGUGCAUAUCCAGCUUAAAAAGAAAAUUCAGAAAAGCUGUAAGAUAACUAUUUGCAAAUUCAAUGCUUAUGGAAAGCCAGGAGGAGGGAAGGAGGGGAUGAUAUAUUAGAAAAGAGCAGUAAAGUUUCAUAAAAGCUUAUGAAUGUGUUCAAUAUACAAUCUCAUGAUUUGGAUUCUUUAUGUGGGUAUUUGCUUUCAUUUACAUGAACCAAAAGUAUUAGAAACAUGCAUUUUGACCGAUUGAUAAUAUAUCGAUCAACAUAUAAUGUGGUUGUAUAAAUAUUAUCUUAGCGGAUUCCCGAGUAACGAGUGCUAACAUCCAAUGAAUGAUUUAAAGAUUGAGGAUUUGAUACAUGAAACUAACUGUGAAAAGAAGCAUAAUUUCCGCGAGCCUCACAAAAAAAUAACUUUGACACCCCUUUGGUUAAAUCAAGUUGAGUAAACCGUAAAGUUUUUGAAUGCAUGUAUCCUGAAGCAUUGAUCAAUAACAUAAUAUGGCUACAAUGUAUAACAACGGCAAAUUUUUAAAGAGUUGCAUAAAAAUAUGUAAGGUUGUACUCUUAUUAAUAUUGAUAUUUUAAAAUAUUUUUAAUGUCUCGUACAAAGCCUUCACCUACAUAUUGUUUCCUAAGAAAAGUGAAGACUAUGCUAGAAGCAGACAGAAUGCUUAAAUGAAACUGAUGACAAUAACGAGAAAUAGAACUGUGUGUAUGAUUCAGCGAUGUAUCUGGAUGUCAUGAAAUAGCAAGAACUAACUACAAUAUGGUAUGUAGUAUGACGCAUCAUAAGAAUUUCAAUUAUAUGUAACUAUAAUCAAUUAAAUACCAAUACUGCUUAAAAGCAUGGUAAAACUA